CCUGGUGAUUUCCUCGGAUGCAGCACGGAGCUUGCUUGCCGGGGACAAACUGCUGUGUAAAUGUCCCUGCAGAGACGUACGUGGCCGUGGAGCGCUUCGGUGCUUUCCGCAAACUGCUAGGGUGAACGUAUGUUUAUGGAAGAGCGCCAGAGCCUCAUUUUCACCCCAAGAAUUGGGGCUCCCCAAACAUCUCAAGAUGGCACACCGAGACAUGAAGACUGGACCAAAGAGACCCCUACUAUGAAGCAGCCCUAUCUGUGAGGUCCAUGUUUUUGCCUACGCGUGGAAAACCGCACGUGUAGUGGUUGCAUUUUUCGAACACGUACCUUUUCGGAGCUGUCAGAUGUCAAAGGCAAUAUGAAGUUCCUUCCAAGUAUGAAGACCAGGGCUGACUACCAGUGCACGUCCCGACCCACCGAAGCUGAGAGUUUGGAGAACAAUGUGAGGACAUUCGCACCUCCACAGCCGAAUGAUCUUCCUUCGCAGUUUUCGGGGGGGGGGGCAAUUUGCAUGAUGUAUUUGCCGAUUUGGUCGGACUUUUCCUCCUUUGGCUCCAGUUUUACGUCUUCAUGGAGGUGCUCCUGCGCCGUCGCGCUCUUUGCGCGGCCCUGGUCUUAGUGCUGCGGCUGGGCGGCUUCCAUUCUGGCUUUGCCGUUGGCUCGACCUACAAGAUCACCUUUUUGCAAGAAGGCGAUUGAGAAGAGCGGAGGAGUACUGCAAAGUCACCACACAGACCAGGGAUCAUGAGUUUAUCACUGCGCAAGUGGUGAUACAGUAUUCAGUGAUCCCUUCAAAAGCCAAAGAAGCGAUCUACAAGCUGGUGCAGCAAGAGUUGGGUGGCAUGCUGAGGUCCUUUUUGAUCGGACCAAUCCGGGCAUACUUGAACAAGCAUACUCUGGAAGAAGUGUUCGGCAAGAAAGACGAGAUCAGCUUAUCCAUUCGUGAGCAGCUGACCGAUUACUUGAAGAGCUAUGGCUUUGCCGUCCAUUCACUGGAGAUGACGGAGUUGACGGUCUCUCCGGAGGUGAUGCAUGCCUUGAAUGAAGCGCAGAAGCAGCGGCGGAACUGCGACACCGCGCGGGUGGAUAUGGCGAAGCUACGGGUGGAGAAGGUGCGGGAGGCCGAAGCGGAAGCGUUGAGCGCAGAGCUCUAUGGCCGAAGGCUGAGCGAAGAGUGCCAGCAGCUGAUCCUUCAGGCGGCCUCCGAUGAAGCGCUUUGCUCCAGCUUCGAAGGUGCUCGGAGGGAGCAAGCCAUCGAGGAGACCCAUGCACAGCACUUGCCAGAACAGCUGGAUGCAGAGAUGUUGACCAGCUUGUUGAGAGAGAUUGAUGAGGAGGGUGCUUCGCUGCUGACUGGCUCGCAGGCUGCCGGCUUGGUCUUGGGCAAAGCUGGACCGUCGCAGCACAGCAUGUCGUAGAUGUGUUACAACUCCGCCAUUGUCAUCGCGACCAACUACUCGGAACGGAUCGGUGAUUUGAGCACGACGCAGAUGAAGCAGCUUCCAUGAGGUCAAGCAAGUGCCGAUCAGCGUGUUUCGGAACUCUUGAAGGAAGCAAACGUGUUCCACCCAGAUGCCAAAGAUGUGGGCGUAUCAGAAUUUGUGGAAGUAUCCUGGAGAUCAAGGAGCCAGAACGCUACUAUGAGCCAAUAUGUUCAAUGCCUCGGAUCCAUGGGAUGGCAAGUCUUGCCCACUCCUCCCACAUUUGAUCGGACGGAUGUCCGAUUUGUCUCGGUCCUGUGCCGAGAAGCGAUUGGUUGAGAAAAGACGCCGAUUGCGCUUCUGGUUGAUCCUGGGGGAAGGGUUGAUCCUAGGAUUUGUGGCUUCCUUGGUAAGACCCUUAGCUUCUUAGAUUCUUGCUACUAUAGUAUACUAUAGUAGC